UGCUUGCUCCUCCUCCUACAAUGUAUAACCAGGCAGAGCUGAGGACUCUGGCUGGUCAGCUCCUCAUCCACAUUCAGUGCAGGACCUGGAUUAAGAAGACAACUCCACACACACAUAAUGUCAGAAGACAAGAUCACCAGGACCUUGGCUUUCACUGUCUUCACUGCUGUGCUGAGUUCCUUCCAGUUCGGAUACGACAUCGGUGUGAUCAAUGCUCCUCAAGAGGUGAUAAUAUCCCAUUAUCGACAUGUUUUGGGUAUUCCACUGGAUGACCGAAGAUCUACCAUUAACUAUGACGUCAAUGGCACUGACACCCCACUCCUCGUCACGCCAGCAUACACAACACCAGCCCCCUUGGAUGAAGAGGAGACUGAAGGAUCUGCUCACAUAGUCACUAUGCUCUGGUCUUUGUCUGUGUCCAGCUUCGCAGUGGGCGGAAUGGUCGCCUCAUUCUUUGGUGGGUGGCUCGGGGACAAACUUGGAAGGAUCAAAGCCAUGUUGGCCGCAAACAGCCUCUCAUUGACUGGAGCUCUCUUAAUGGGGUGUUCCAAAUUCGGACCAGCACACGCCCUCAUCAUUGCUGGAAGAAGCGUAUCAGGACUGUACUGUGGGCUAAUUUCAGGCCUGGUUCCAAUGUACAUUGGCGAGAUUGCUCCAACCACACUCAGGGGUGCCCUGGGCACUCUUCACCAACUGGCCCUUGUCACAGGCAUUCUUAUUAGUCAGAUUGCUGGCCUUAGCUUUAUUCUGGGCAAUCAGGACUACUGGCACAUCCUACUUGGUCUAUCUGCUGUACCAGCUCUCCUGCAGUGUCUGCUACUGCUCUUCUGUCCAGAAAGCCCCAGAUACCUUUAUAUAAAAUUGGAAGAGGAAGUCAGGGCAAAAAAAAGUUUGAAGAGACUACGAGGAACUGAGGAUGUUACCAAAGAUAUUAAUGAGAUGAAGAAAGAAAAGGAAGAGGCGUCAACUGAGCAGAAGGUCUCUGUGAUCCAGCUCUUCACGGAUUCGAAUUACCGACAGCCAAUCCUUGUGGCGCUGAUGUUGCACGUGGCUCAGCAGUUCUCUGGAAUCAAUGGGAUAUUUUACUACUCAACCAGCAUUUUUCAGACAGCUGGCAUCAGCCAGCCUGUGUACGCAACCAUUGGUGUUGGUGCCAUUAACAUGAUCUUCACGGCUGUCUCUGUACUGCUUGUGGAGAAGGCAGGGCGGCGGACCCUAUUCCUAACCGGGAUGAUUGGCAUGUUUUUCUGCACCAUCUUCAUGUCAGUGGGACUUGUGUUGCUGGAUAAGUUCGCCUGGAUGAGUUACGUGAGCAUGACAGCCAUCUUCCUCUUCGUCAGUUUCUUUGAGAUUGGGCCAGGUCCAAUCCCUUGGUUCAUGGUUGCUGAAUUUUUCAGCCAAGGACCCCGUCCCACUGCUCUGGCACUGGCUGCCUUCAGCAACUGGGUCUGCAAUUUCAUCAUCGCCCUCUGCUUCCAGUACAUUGCGGACUUCCUCGGGCCUUACGUGUUCUUCCUUUUUGCUGGGGUGGUCCUAGCCUUCACCCUGUUCACAUUUUUUAAAGUUCCAGAAACCAAGGGAAAGUCUUUUGAGGAAAUCGCUGCAGAAUUCCGGAAAAAGAGUGGUUCGGCCCCACCACGCAAAGCGGCUGUACAAAUGGAAUUUCUGGCGUCUUCAGAGACUGUGUGAGGAUGACCUGUCUAAAACCAAGGAACAGACCCGAAGGGAGCAACGUGCUCCCUCUUAAGGCGAUUCCUUCAUGGGAGUAGAACUAUACCCGGGAGUAUUGCUUAUUCCUUCUGAAGAAUGUGUACAGACUCCGAUUAGAAACGUCAACAUAUAUUAUUACCAAAGAAAGUAUUUUUUUUAAACUUAGAGACUAUAUUUUUGAUCGUAAAACUCUUAAGUAAACCAAAGAGGUUAUUUUGCUACUCUACAGGGAAAGUAUGUUAUAUCUUCCUAGCCCUGUUCUACUUAAAUUGAAGAGCUUUCAACUUAUCGAUGAAUUUUAAAGCACGUGACUAAGAAACCUGAAGCUACAACUGAUAUCUAUAUAUUUAAAUAUAAUUACAUUGGAGUUUUCUUAGCCACAGAUCUGAUGCUAAAGAACAAUAUGGCUGGUGUCAGCAAGGCUCACAUUCAAACUGACUUUUCUGUUACCCUUCUUCGGCUUCUCUCACGUGGAUCGGACUUGGUGUUUUGCUUAAAACUAUUUUUCUGCAUUUUUAUAUAGAACUCCUGAGUAUGUUCAACUAUAUUUGUAAUGAAAAGCUCUUUUUUUAUAGCUACCAAAAUCUUCCUAUAGUGGGAGAAAACAUCUCAGUUUCUUUGAUGUAUUUUGCAAGGUUAAAUGCUUGAGCUGUUCCUAGCCGUAGAGCCUAGCUUAUCCAUUAAUAUUAGCAUUCUAAAGCAUGUUAGUUUCUCGCCACUUCAGCCUUUGUGUUGUACUUUUACUUGGCUUUUUUAACUACCCAUGGCACACACUUAAACCAUUAGGAGUCAGGCAUUUUGCAUAUUGCCUCCAAAAUCUAAUAAACUGGAUCAAUCACAGGGAAA